AUGCUAAAGCAACUACUUCAAGGGCAAGCUGAUGGGGUAGUGGACACAAGCAAGAAGCUAGCUGAAAUAAACUCUAAGAUCGAGAACCUCAACACAAGGGUUUACUCUCUGGAGAAUCAUGCUUCUUCUGUUGCUGCUGCUACAAAGCAAGGACAACUACCUGGUAAAGCUAUUCAGAACCCCAAGGAACAGUGCAAGGUCAUCUUCACUCAAGAAGGACUUGUUGAAGAAGAGGAUCAAGAAAGGGUCAUUGAAGAUUUUUGUUUACUGCUGAAUGAUGAAGAGAUUGUUGCUGCUGAGGCUCCUGGAGUCCAGAUUGAUCAACCAGAAGUGCAGGCACCUACUGUGGCCAUUCACACUUCACCAGUUGAGCUCGCACAACAAGCUCGAUCGGCAGCUCGAUCGAGUCCAACUCUAGCUCGAUCGAGUCCGACCUCUUCUGUCCGACAGCCAUUUUGCUUGAUCCUUACCAACCGGUUGCCGCUUCCUCGUCUCGCCUACUUAGUCAAGGUCACAAGGAAGUGA